AUGGCUGUCAUGAAUGGUUCCGCAGGCAUGUUUGCCAUCACGAAAGGGCGGCUUCUGCUUCUUGCCUCGCUGGCUAUUACGUGGUGGUUUGCCCACAUCCUCCCCAACUACAAGCCCAUGAUCAAGGCCAAGUUCAAGUCGCGACUGGAAGAGGCAAGGCAAAAAAUUCCCAAGAUUAAGGUCGACUGGAAUCCCACCGACGACCCAAGAGCAAGGUACAAUGCGUCCAAGCUAGCGCUCAUCAUCGAGCCCCGUCCGAUACCCCAUCUUGUGCCUCAAUUGUUGCACAUGACGUCGGUCGUACCUCCCGACUGGAGAUUCUUGUUCAUAGGCUCCAACAAGAGCGUUGCCAGUGUCUCUCGAAGCUAUGGCAUGAAGCACCAGCAAGUCAUCGGAAAGCUGGACUUGAUGGUUCUGCCUGAGCCUUGGGAGAUCGAAUCCAAGGAACAUAUCUUUCGCCUUUUGACUGACGUGCGCUUUUACGACGAGUUUCUUCCUGGUGUAGAAUGGAUUUUGAAGUUCGAGUCGGACAGUAUUCUGUGCUCCAAUUCUCCUACCAGUCUUAACGAGUGGCUCGACUGGAGUUGGGCCGGCGCUCCGAGGACGCCCGAUGACCGUUUCUCAGGCAAUGGAGGGCUUUCUCUUCGGCGCGUUUCCUCCAUCAAGAGGGUUCUGCAAUUCCAAGAAAGGUACAACAAUACUGAAGCGGAAGAUGAAUGGUACGGGAAGCGACUGUGGAUCAUGCAAGGAGAGAAAGUUGCCCACGGUAAGAAGGGUGUUUUGGCUGUUGAGGAUGUGUACAUGGAGAAGCCUAUGGGCUACCAUGUUCGAAAUGGCGGCAAGUCGUUGCCCGACUCCGUCUGGAAGAACCCUACCCAGCGCAAAAAGAUUUUAAAUUAUUGCCCGGAGAUUAGCCUCAUCAUGGACAUGAAGCUGGAACGCGAACGCUGCGAGGACGACAAUAUGGAGGGCGGCAUAGGCCCUACAGACGAUGAAUUGGAGCAGGCUGCGAAGGAGGCAGAAAAGAAAGCCGAGGAAGACAAGAAGGCUGAGGAAGAGAAGAAGGCCCAAGAAGCUAAAGCCGCGGAAGAGGCUGCAGCUAAAGCUAAAGAAGAUGAAGAGGAACGCCGCAAGAAGGAGGGCGAAGAUGAACGGAAGAAGCAAGCCGAGCAGAGUAAGGCUGCGGACAGCCCCUCUCCUUCAAUGGGGUCUGGAGACCUCGACGACCUGCAUAAGCUUGACUACGGCUUAGGAGGUAGCAGUCCUUCCCCUACAUCUGGUGCAACGGGCACUGAUGAUGCUGAUGCCAAGGCUAAAGCGAUGGCCGAGGAGGCGAAGGCGAAGGCGGCUGCGCAGGCAAAGGCAAAGGCAAAGGCACCAUAA